CUAGACCGCAUCUGCUUCUGCGAACACCACCAACGGCGACGCCAGCUUUCCCGUAAGCCCCAUCUCCUUCGUCGAACACCACCGACGCCGACGCUCGGUUUCCCCCCAUGUGGAGGAGAUCCCCAAUCCACCUCCGCCAAUCCUUCGUCGCUCGCUCUUUCUCACAGUCCACCUCGAUCCCUAAGAAUCUGCAGCGCGUCCGCGACCACGGCUUCGACAACGUCAUGGAGGUGGAGAAGAAGAUACGCCGCGCCCUCCACCUCCAGUCCUACCUCCUCUCCCAGCCCUCCGGUUCCCUCCCCGUCUCCCAACUCGACGUUGUCGCCCGCCGCUACCACGCCUUCGGCCCCCACGAAACGGGUAAUUUCCUCCUCAAGCACCCCCACGUCUUCCACGUGUUCGACCACCCGGUCCAGCGCCGUCUCUGGGUCCGCCUCACCCCCCGCGCCGCCCUCCGCCUCCGCCAGGAGUCCGACGCCGUCCGCUCCAUGCUCCCUGACGCCGUCCGCCGCCUCCGCAAGCUCCUCCUCCUCGCUGCCCGCUCCCGCCGCCUCCGCCUCGAGCACAUCCGCCUCGUCCGCCACGACCUUGGCCUCCCAGAUGACUUUUUGCAGUCCGUCGUCCUCGCCAAUCCCUCCUUCUUUCGCCUCGUCGUCUCCUCUGACUUCCCCGACGACCCCCGGGCUAAAUAUGUUGAGUUCGUUGACGAACCUGACGACGGCAAUGACUUGGCGGAGUUCACCAUGUGUGCCAUUGAACGCACCCGCGAGCUCCAGUACCGUGAGCGCGGCGCUGACGCCGAGGACUCCCGCUUUGCCUUCCUCAUCAAUUUCCCUCCGGGAUUCAAGAUCGGCAAGUACUAUAGGAUCGCGGUGUGGAAGUGGCAGCGGCUGCCCUACUGGUCUCCUUAUGAGGAUGUGUCCGGCUAUGAUCUCCGGUCGCUCGAAGCACAACGGCGGAUGGAGAAACGAAUGGUGGCAACAAUACACGAGUUGCUGUCUUUGACGGUGGAGAAGAGGAUGACGAUGGAGCGGAUUGCACAAUUCCGGCAGGCAAUGGGGCUGCCGAAAAAGCUUAAGGCGUUCUUGCUGCAGCACCAGGGAAUAUUCUAUUUUUCGACGAGGGGGAAUCGUGGAAAACUGCAUACAGUGUUCUUGAGGGAGGCAUAUCGCAAGGGGGAGCUUGUGGAGCCAAAUGAGUUAUAUCUAGCAAGGAGAAAGCUAGGUGAACUGUUGUUGCUUAGUCCUAAGAAGGCAAAUUUGGAUAGGAUGCUGACUAGUCUUGGGAGGGGCAUGGAUGCGUUCAGUGGAGGGAGUGGUGCUAAGAGUAAGCUAAUUGGCGAUGAGGGUGAACAGAGAAGUGAAAACGAGGACAGUGGUUCUGAUUCUGGUGUUGAAUCUCAGUUUGUUGAUUGACAAAAUUGAAGUUGACCCAGUUCUAAGGAUUAUCAAUCCAAUUAUCAUUAAGUAUUAAUUUAAUCUUUGAAGGUACUCACUGGAUGUCUGGAUCGGAGCUUAACUGUCUUAUUAAACAUUGAUAUGAUCGUCACUUGCAAAUACCUUAGGUAGAUGGCAAAAUAAAUUCAGUUUUGAUCUGAAUAUCAAAUUAUUUACUUCAAUUUGUCAUAGAAAAGAGUUGAAGUUGGAGGAGCAUAAGAUCAUGUCCAUGCUGGAAAGACAGGAGAUAUGUUCCACAGGAUGCUUGGUUUUGCAUGAACUUUGACUUUAAGAGAUUGCCACGGAAUGAUGGAAUCAUGUGAGUUGUUCAAAUUGCUGCUCAUUCCAGAUGAAGGAGCUGCAUCACCUUGAGGUGCUUUUUUGGACAGAGUUCCUAAUCCAUCUAACAGUGAUUUAUAAUCUAUUUAUGUGCUAAAAAGUGCUCUUGGAGCAACAUCUGAUGAGGAAUUCUGCAAACCUUCCCAAUUUCAGUAUCAAACAGUUGACAAAUCCGGAGACUUGGUAAUGGAACAAAAGAACCUUAGAUGGAACAAUGACCAAGUGUGGCAGUUCUCCACCAGUUGGACAUGUUUCUGUUGAAGAUGCAGUGUCUUUACAAAAUAGGAAAAGUGGCAUAUCUUGAAGGAGGCAAAGAAAACAUGUAAACCCAUCUCCAAGGAAUCUUCCUAUGAAAAUGAAGGCUCACUGCCACUGAAAGCCAAGACCUGAUUGGAGUUUUCUGCACGCAAAAAAUCAUUCGGGGCUUGAAUCUUGAUUAGGAGCACAACAUAGGACAGCUGAUGAAUUCACAUAAAAUGAUUCUUGGGUUCACCACCUUGUGAUGUCCAGGAAAGUUAAAAAGAGGAUCACAGGUUCACCGUCAUGCAUAUUCCGGUAUCAGGCUUCAGGCACUGCAAUGGAUCCAUCAGCAUGGAAAUGUCCCAAGUACAUGAUUCGUCCACCAUGACAGCUGAGUACGAGGACUUCUUGCCUGUGAUGGCAGAGAAGAUGAAAGCUCAAGAGUUUGCAACUGAGCUUUGCAAUGGGUUACGCCUCCUGGCGGAACUUAACCAGGCUUGACCAUGCCCAAGAGCCAGCCUGCGGAGAACCUGUGCCCUUCUUGGGAUGGCAGGGACGAUGGAGUAAACAAAGGAUUUGAUCAAGGGGGUAUCGACGGCGACGGAGGACUCAAAGAGAGAGUUCUGC